CUUCCUCUACAAAUAUAUUUUUGUUGUAGCUGUUCUUAGUGAAAAACAGUCUCUUGAUGGCUUCUGCGACUGCUUCACAGCCCUCUCGUAAAAGAACGGUGGCCUCUCACGUGCCUUUCGCAGAUCUGUGUUCUACUCUGGAGCGGAUACAGACAUGUAAAUCUCGUCCAGACAAAACCAAGUAUUUCAAGGAGUUUCUGGAUUCCUGGAGGAAAUUCCACAAUGCUCUUCAUCAAAAAGAGAAAGAUGUCACAGAUUCUUUUUAUCCAGCUAUGCGACUUAUUCUUCCACAGUUGGAAAGAGAGAGGAUGGCUUAUGGAAUUAAAGAAACUAUGCUUGCAAAGCUGUAUAUUGAACUGCUUCAUUUACCAAAAGAUGGAAAAGAUGCUGCAAAGCUUUUAAAUUACAGAACACCUGCUGGCUCACGUGGGGAUGCUGGAGAUUUUGCAAUGAUAGCAUACUUCGUGUUAAAACCCAGAAGCCCAAAACGGGGCAGACUGACAAUAGAGCAAGUCAAUGAACACUUAGAUGCAAUAGCUAACAAUAAUGUUGCUAAAAACAAGGGUCUCUUAAAGAAAAGUCUACUUCAGUUAAUUACCCAGAGCACAGCACUGGAACAAAAGUGGCUUAUCCGGAUGAUUAUAAAGGAUCUAAAGCUUGGUGUCAGUCAACAAACCAUAUUUUCCAUUUUUCAUCCUGAUGCUGUUGAACUGCACAAUGUCACAACUGAUUUGGAAAAAGUUUGCAGACAGUUGCAUGAUCCCUCUGUCUCACUUAGCGAUGUUUCUAUCAUGUUGUUUUCUGCCUUUAAGCCAAUGCUUGCUGCUAUUGCUGAUGUCCAGCAAAUUGAGAAACAAAUGAAUAACCAGACAUUCUACAUAGAAACUAAGCUGGACGGUGAACGUAUGCAGAUGCACAAAGAUGGAGAUGUAUAUAAAUAUUUUUCCCGAAAUGGGUUUGACUAUACUCAGCAGUUUGGUGCUUCUCCCCUUGAUGGUUCAUUAACACCAUUUAUUCAUAAUGCAUUUCAGAGCAAUAUACAAAAUUGCAUUCUCGAUGGCGAAAUGAUGGCUUACAAUCCUGAGACGCAAACCUUUAUGCAAAAAGGAAACAGGUUUGACAUAAAAAGAAUGAUGGAGGACUCUGAUCUGCAGACUUGCUUCUGUGUAUUCGAUGUGUUGAUGGUUAAUGAUCAGAAGUUGGGGCAUGAAGUACUAAGCAAAAGGUAUGAAAUCUUAAGUAGUGUAUUUACGCCAGUAACAGGCAGGAUACAUGUUGUCCACAAAAGAAAUGCCAGAACAAGAAAGGAAGUAAUUCAUGCUUUGAACGAAGCAAUAGAUGACAGAGAGGAAGGGAUUAUGGUGAAAGAUCCCAUGUCCACCUACAAGCCUGACAAACGUGGGGAAGGCUGGUUAAAAAUCAAGCCAGAAUAUGUCGAUGGGCUGAUGGAUGAACUGGACCUGUUAAUUGUUGGUGGCUACUGGGGGAAGGGGUCACGUGGUGGGAUGAUGUCUCAUUUUCUGUGUGCUAUUGCAGAGACGCCCCGUCCGAAUGAAAAACCUACUGUUUUCCACUCUAUUUGUCGUGUUGGCUCUGGCUACACUAUGAAGGAAUUGUAUGACCUAGGUUUGAAGCUGGCUAAACACUGGAAGCCCUACCAUAGGAAGGACCCUCCCUGUAACAUUUUGUGUGGAACUGAAAAACCUGAAAUGUACAUUGAACCUUGCAACUCUGUCAUAGUUCAAAUCAAGGCAGCUGAGAUUGUUAACAGUGAUAUGUACAAAACUGACUGUACUUUGAGAUUCCCUCGAAUUGAGAAGAUAAGAGAGGAUAAAGAAUGGUAUGAGUGCAUGACUUCAGACAUGUUAGAGGAUCUCAGGAGCAAAGCAGAAGGGAAGCUGGCAUCCAAGCACCUUUAUAUAGAUGAUUAUGAGCCACAAGAGAAAAAAAGGAAAACUGUAUCAAAGGUGAAAAAGAUAAUCGGAAUAGCUGAGCAAUUUAAAGCUCCUGAUCUUUCUAGUGUAAACAAGAUUUCAAAUGUAUUUGAAGAUGUUGAGUUUUGUGUUAUGACUGGAACAGAAAGCCACUCAAAGCCUAAACUGGAAAGCAGAAUAGCUGAAUGGGGUGGCAGCGUGGUACAGAACCCAGGGCCAGAGACUUACUGUGUCAUUGUAGGAGCUGAGAAUGUCAGAGUGAAAAACAUCAUUGCUUCCAACAAAUACGAUGUGGUGAGGGCAGAGUGGCUUCUGCAGUGUUUUCAAGCCAAAAUGCUGGUGCCUUGGCAGCCAGCGGUUAUGAUUCACAUGUCACCUGACACAAAAGAACACUUUGCUCGUGAGUAUGAUUGUUAUGGAGACAGCUACACAGCAGACACAGAUGUUACACAACUCAAGGAAGUGUUCUCACGAAUGAAAGACAAUAAGAUUAUUCCUUUAGACAUGAUUGCAGAGUUAGAAGAACGUUACUCAUGGAACAGCUGUCAGCUCAGUAUUUUCAGGGGAAGCAUUAUUUAUGUGGAUUGCUACGCUGUUGUUAAUGAGCCCAGAACCAAAAUCCAUGGAACACCACUAUCAGUUAGAGCUCUGGAGCUGCGUUUCUAUGGUGCAACAGUAGUCUCUCACCUUGAAGAGGGUGUCUCUCAUGUUGUUAUAGGAGAAGAUCAUUCCCGGGUAAAAGAAAUUAAGACACUCAGGAGAAGAUUUAGGAAAAAAUUUAAAAUUGUAUCUGAGCUGUGGGUAACAGAGUCAGUGGAGGAGGAAGUCCCAAAGAAUGAAAGUCAGUACUUAAUAUAAAGCAGUUUUUAACCUUGGAGCAAAAGCAUUCUUGCUGGCAUGACUGGAUUCUAAUAUUAUGAUGUUGUCUUAAAUCUGUUGUGUAUUUUCAUGCCUGUUUAGAGUUGGCCCUGGCUAAAUAAUGACACUGUAUUGUUGAAACCAGAGGAAGGCUUUUAAUUAAACUGUUGCAGAAGCAAAAGAAUGCCAAGCUAUGCUGGAGGAGAAAAAAAUGACCACAAGAUAAAUAAUGUAAGCCUUUUACUUCACAAACUGGUCUCAGAAGAGAUCUAGUAUUUUAUAUAAGAGAAUUCUUAGGUAUUAAUAGUGCUUGCCUCCGUUAUUCAAAAUGGAGACAAUCAUUUACUAUUUUAUGGAUUUCUACUAUUUAACAUACUGUUUAUUUAUCAGUUUACAGUAACAUUCAUGUUUUUGUGGAGUUUUGUGUGUUAUAUAUGCUAUAGAAUUCAUUAAUUUAUAAACCUUGUCUGUACUUAUUUUAAUUUGUUUACAUUGGUUUUAGCAUUGAGUCUCAUACAAGCCUUUAGUUUUAAGCUAUUGCAUUGAUCCCAUGUUUCUUUGUGUAAAUAACCACUGUUAAAUAGAACAUGAACUUUUGACUGAGGUGCUAAUUAAUAAUAAUCUAUAUGUUUAUAAAGUGCAAAUCAAUUACAUAAAACUGUAGUGACUUAUGCUCAUUACAGGUAAAGUUUAACCCUGAAGUGUGGCAGAGCUAGGCUUUUAUACUUAAUUAUAAAUUUAUUUUUCAAAUAAUGUUUCAUAAGCUAUUUUAGUAAUGGGGGAUUAAUUUCCAAAUAUCCUGUUCAAUGUAUUGGCUUUUUUUCAACUAUUAAAUAAAAAUCUAUUUUAAAGUCU